AUGCUACUUGGAAGAUCCCUUUUACAAGUCAAACCUAUUCAGCCGAUUUUCACAGUUAUGACUUGGAACACGCUUUCAGAUCAGCUCUCAGGUUUCUUUCCAUUAGUGGCUGACGAGUAUUUAGCAUGAAAUCACAGAUCACAGCGGAUUCUGCACGAGCUGGAUUCAAUUGGAGCUGAUCUGUAUUGUCUGAGUGAAAUUGACCACUAUGAUGACUUCAUAGUUCCAUGGAUGAACGAAAAAGGUUUUGCAGGAAUUUAUCAAAAGAAGCGCGGGUGGCAUCGUGAUGGGAUUUGCUUGCUUUAUAACAAAAAAUUUUCAGUUUCCUCCCAAGAGGCCUGAUAUUUUCCUAAUUCCAAUCAAUUUGCCUUGGUAGUGAAACUAAAUUAUUUUUUUUUAAAAAAUAAUCAAUAAAUUUUAAAAAAAAAUUAAAAUUAAAAUGCAGAAAAACUAAAUUUCGCUAGUAUAGAGUUUAUUGUAGUCGCCACACAUCUAAAAUCAAUGCACGAAUGCGAAGAAGAACGAGCAAUACAAAUGGAAUAUUUAUUACAAAAACUCGAUCUAUGUGCAGGAAAUCUUCCUUUAAUUAUGUGUGGCGAUUUUAACACAGAGCCUGGAAGCAAAACAUACAAUAUAUUAAGUGAGCAUAGGCUGAGCUUUAAAAGUGUAUACAAUAAAGAAGGAAUUGAGCCAAUUUUCACAACUUUUAAAUUCAGAGAUGAAUUUGAAAGAAAAACAGUUGAUUAUAUAUGGAUUAAAGGGUUUGACGUGGCAUGCGUUUUAAGCAUGCCAAGUGAAGAAACUAUUGGCGAGAAAGGAUUGCCUUCACAAAUUUACCCUAGUGAUCACCUAUCUUUAGCUUGCCAACUGAAUCUUCAAAUAAAUCCAUCGCUUUAG